AGACUAGGAUAUCAAACGGGCUCAUUGCAAACCCUAACCACGGUUUGGAGCCUUAAAACAUACACGAAGAACCCUAGUCUCGCUGUGCGGCUCUGCAUCUCAUCUCUCUGCAGCCAUGGUGAACGUUCCGAAGACCAAGAAGACUUACUGCAAGAACAAGGAAUGCAGAAAGCAUACCUUGCAUAAGGUGACACAGUACAAGAAGGGCAAAGAUAGCUUGGCUGCACAGGGAAAACGUCGUUACGACAGGAAACAAUCUGGUUAUGGUGGUCAAACUAAGCCCGUCUUUCACAAGAAGGCAAAAACCACGAAGAAGAUUGUGCUAAGGUUGCAAUGCCAAGGCUGCAAGCAUGUCUCACAGCACCCAAUCAAGAGAUGCAAGCAUUUUGAAAUUGGUGGAGAUAAGAAGGGCAAGGGAACAUCUCUCUUUUGAUCAGUUUUGUGUAAUUUUGUUGCAGCAGCUACUAUUCUUUCUUUUUGUUGUAGCAGACUAUUAACUGUUUUAAGUUUCUGAAACUUGUAAUGCAAGUAUCUGUUUUGAUUUUACGUGUUGAUUCCGGCUUGUGUGAUU